UCUCUCCUGCUGGAGUAGAAUUUAGUCAGUAAUAUUUGGUAUUGGAUUGGCAUAGAACAUAGACGCAGUGAAAUGAAGACGCUUGUAAUUUUGGCUCUGUGUAUAGCCGCAGCGUGUGCAGGCCCUCAGGGAUAUGGCGUGGGGAACGCCCAAGCCAAUGCUAACGCAUACUCAAGCGCUCAAGGUUUUGGAGCUCCAGGUGGUUUUGGAUAUAGUCCCGUAUAUGGGGGUCCCGGAUAUGGAGGUCACGGCUUUGGAGGUCCCGGAUUUGGAGGUCGCGGUUUUGGAGGUCCUGGUUUUAGGGGACGCGGAUUUGGUCAUCGCCAUCAUCACCCACAUGGUGGCUACGGUGGUGGACCCGGCUUUGGAGGUGGUGGUUAUGGUGGUGUACCCGGUUAUGGUGUUGUGCCUGUUGUUAAUGUCAAUGUCAAUGCGAAUGCACAGGCAAAUGCUAAUGCAGCCGGUGGUUAAAAUAAAUUGUUCAAUUCGAUAGACUGUAAUAAAAGACUUGCGUUUGUUUUUAA